CGCCUAACCAAUGAACCAAUGCUUGACACCCCGUGCCAUGUAAUGAACUAUACCACUUUCCUUAUCAAUUGCCCACCUUCGCAAUAGCCUCAGCCGCGUCGCCAGCGAAUCCCUCCUCUGAACCCGACAUAAGCCGCGCGGCAAGUUCUCUCAGUACGGAUCCUCAGUCCUCGACAAGGCUGGCAAGAGGGGGGAGUCGUGUCAGUCGUGUUGCGCUCAGCCGAUCCUUCGCAGACAACGACGUCGAGACCUUCGAACUCGUUGAUUACGUGCGCAUCCAGCGCCGUCGCGACCAGCAGGCACAGAAGAGAGCCACGCGGGCGGAGCUGAAGAUCCGCCAGCUGGACGAAGCAGACGAGAUGAAGUUCUCCCACAGCAUCCAGUUCAACGCCGUGCCGGACUGGAGUAGUCACUACAUCGCCUACAGCAACCUUAAGAAGCUGAUCUACCAGCUCGAGAAGAGCAUCAAUCGAGCCGAGACAGGCGACGACGCUGAACAUGCUCCCCUGAUACGCUCCAGCGAUGAUCCGGACCAGGUGUUUCAGCGCGCGCUAGAUGUAGAGUUGGAGAAGGUAUCGUCUUUCUACGAGAUCAAGGAGAGGGAGAUAUACGGCGAGGUAGAAGAUCUACUAAGGGAGAAGGCGGCUUUCGAGGCGGAAACAGAUGGGCAGGGAGAAAAUGGACGGCUGGAUAUGGGCAGUCGCAUGGGCGACCAUCCAAGGCGGACCAGCCUAUUCCGCAACUUCACCAGGCCCCGACGGGCAAGCACGAUCAGUCAAGCAUUAGACGGAGGAGCUGAUGACAGUGACGACGAAGAUGAUGAAAGUACUGCUCUGCAGAGAUCCAGAUUGUCGUUUACAGAUCGAAGCAAGAGCACACCACAUGAUGCGAAUGGCGGAGGAGAUGGGGCGGUAGAGACUUCAGAACCCAGCAAAUCGAUACGGCGCCACAGUCUUGCCUACGAUGAUUACGCCCACGAUGAACUCGCCAUUUUCUAUUCGUCGGGGAUCACAUUGAAGAAGCGGGCUACCAGUAUCUACGUGCAGCUCUGCGAGUUGAAAUCAUUCGCCCAGCUGAACAAGACGGGCUUCAGCAAGGUCCUUAAAAAAUAUGACAAGAUCUGCAACCGGAAUCUGAAGCAGAGGUACAUCGAGAAGUUCGUCGCCCCGGCAUAUCCCUUCAGCUCGGAGACUAUGAACCGUCUGGAUGAGAACAUCCACCGGAUGGAGCAGGCUUAUGCGGAUGUCGUUACCCAAGGCGAUGUGGCCGUCGCGAAAAAGGAGCUCCGCUUACAUCUGCGUGAGCACGUUGUUUGGGAGAGGAACACAGUUUGGCGUGAGAUGAUCGGUAUCGAGCGAAAGGCCGAAGCUGCUACCAUGGGCUUAAGGAGAACGUUGCUGGGUGCGGAUAACGACCCAACCAAGGCUCGACUGCAGGGCGAUGAUGAUAAUGAGCCAGACAUGAAAGAGUUGCAGACUCCGGUUGGGAGAGUGGCAUGUCCAACCUGGCUAUUGAGCUCAACGAUGCUCACUCUUGUCAUCAUCAUCACAGUCUUCUUCGUGCUGCUAUAUAUCCCGAUAUUUGAUAAGCCUGAGGAGCAGAAUUGUCUUGCCAUGCUUGUGUUUGUCAGUUUGUUAUGGGCUACUGAGGUCAUACCCCUAUUCGUCACAUCUCUCAUGAUACCCUUUCUCUGCGUUCUCUUGCGGGUGGUGCGGUCUGAUAGUAAACCGCACGAUCGGCUGGAUGCCGGUGCCGCAGCGAAAUACAUCUUUUCGGCAAUGUGGACACCGGUCAUCAUGCUGCUCCUUGGUGGAUUCGCAGUGGCUGCCGCGCUAUCAAAAUACGAUAUCGCAAAGAGGAUUGCUACUUUUGUUCUCAGCAAGGCGGGAACAAGACCACGGACUGUUCUCAUCACAAACAUGUUCGUGGCUGCGUUCGCGAGUAUGUGGAUCAGUAAUGUUGCGGCACCAGUGUUGUGUUUUUCUAUUAUUCAGCCAAUGCUACGAAACCUACCCUCCGACUCUGACAUGUCCAAAGCGCUCAUCUUAGGUAUCGCUCUGGCUUCGAACAUCGGUGGCAUGCUAUCUCCCAUCGCUUCGCCCCAGAACAUCGUCGCCCUCGACACCAUGUCCCCGCAACCGUCCUGGGGUGUCUGGUUCUUCAUCGCUCUCCCCGUCGGCAUCAUCUCCAUUAUCCUGAUAUGGAUACUUCUCCUCGUUUCAUUCAAGCCUGGGAAAGGUACAACCAUUGUGCCGAUCCGUCCUGUAAAGGAGAAAUUCUCCGGCAUCCAAUGGUUCAUCUCUUUGACUACACUGGGCACGAUCCUACUCUGGUGCUUAAGCCACCAGCUCGAAUGGCUGUUCGGCGAUAUGGGCGUCGUAGCCAUCAUCCCGCUCUUCCUAUUCUUCGGCACCGGCGUUCUCACCAAGGAAGACUUCAACAACUUCCUAUGGACCAUCAUCAUCCUUGCGGCCGGCGGCCUCUCUCUGGGGAGAGCCGUCAACUCCUCGGGACUCCUGCACACGAUCGCUGGCACGAUUACAGAAAACGUCGAAGGCCUCUCUCUGUACGGCGUCCUCGUCGUCUUCGCCUGCCUGAUCCUCGUCGUAGCAACCUUCAUCUCCCACACCGUGGCCGCGCUCAUCAUCCUCCCGCUCGUCUACAGCGUCGGCGUCGGCAUGGAAGAGCCGCACCCGAACCUGCUAGUCAUGGGAAGCGCCCUGAUGUGCAGCGCCGCCAUGGGCUUGCCCACGAGCGGAUUCCCCAACAUGACGGCCAUCAUGAUGGAGGACUCCCAGACGGGCCAGCGCUACCUCAAGGUCAAGCACUUCAUCAGUCGCGGUAUCCCCUCUAGCAUCAUCACGCUGCUCGUCGUUAUCUCCGUCGGCUACGGCCUGAUGCUGGUGGUGGGCAUGUGAACACACCUCAAUCUCGCACCUAUAGAAAAAAAGAAACUGGAAGAAAAAAACCAAACGAUCAAAAACACAAAGAUAAAACAAACAAUAGCGAACAAAGCUACCUAGGGACGGCGUUUCAAUCAUCCCUGUAAUCUAUCAAGAUUUGCGGUAUGGAGGGGGUAUUAGAAGGUAGCUAUCAAGCUAGAAAGGGAAAUAGAAAUUGAUUACUUUAAUAUAAGAAGUACCUACCUUAGACGGGAACCUACCUUUUUUUUAGAAAUAGGAAUGAGUGAAGGAAAGGAGGAGGGGAGGGUGGC